GAGUAGUACCAAUAGCAACACACUUGUUAUUUUUUGUCUUUCGAACCCUUUCUGCUCCCAUUCGAUCCUUUGUGGCUCAUUGUAUUCGAACGAACCCUAACAACCUCUGUGGCUCUGUGUGAGACUGCGAGCCACGAACCCAAUCUCCGACGACGACGACCUCUGUCCAGGGACGACUUAUCUCCGGAGACCCACAACUUUUCCGGCGACCAACCGUGCGCAGGACCAAGUGGCCAUGCGGAUCCCUGCCCCAACCAAGGAUAACACAACUCUUUAGAGAUUGAAUAAAUUGUGUUGGACUUAAUUAUGCAACACCCCUUCAUGGCUCAUUUUGUCAACACUAGUGUUUUGAAAAUGUUUGACUGAUAUCUUCUACAGGUGCAAGGAUAAGUGUGUGAUCUAUCUAUAAACGCAAGAUGUCAGCUGGGCCUGGACUUGAAUCUCUUGUAGAUCAGACAAUUUCAGUCAUUACAAAUGAUGGACGAAAUAUAGUGGGAGUCCUGAAAGGUUUUGAUCAGGCAACAAAUAUAAUUCUUGAUGAGUCCCAUGAACGAGUUUAUUCUACCAAGGAAGGUGUACAACAACUUGUUCUUGGUUUAUACAUCAUCAGGGGUGACAACAUAAGUGUUGUUGGUGAACUAGAUGAAGAACUGGAUUCUAGUCUGGAUUUGUCAAAACUCAGAGCUCAUCCCUUGAAACCUGUUAUCCAUUGAGGUGAAAUACUAUGUGAUGGAUUUAAUGAAUGCAUGCCUACUUGGUGGAAAGAGUCUUAGAUUUGCGGCAUUGUAUACCAGAGUAGGCUGUGAAACUCUUAAGAAUAUGCCGACAGCAUAAUAUUUCUAAUAUUCUGAUUCUGUUAGCAUGUAAGUCUUGUCAAACAAACAAAUUCUGAGACUAUCUGACGUGAAGAAACUAUCUUCUAAUUGGCCAUUAUUAUACAUAUAGAUAUAGAUGUUUCUUUCGGUGAGACUUAUAUGAUUGCUACACGAAUGUAUCUUAUAUAAGAAAGUGCAUUUACUAUUUAUACAUGUGUCA